CCUCUCAAUCUUCAUAUGAAUACCUGUUGGUUUCAACGCCGAAGCCUGGCGUCGGCCUGAGUAUGACUUAAACGAUCACUUUCAAUCAAUGCCAUAUUUCAUUUCCAAGACUAAUGGUUGCCACUUUGAAUCAGUUACUUUGAAUCGCCCAAAAGCACGUAAUGCACUCUGCACGCCGCUUUUCCGAGAGCUCAAUGCAGCACUCCAAAGGUUCGAUCAAGAUCCUGAAAUUGGAGCAACGGUCAUCACCGGCAGUAAUUCUGCUUUUGCAGCUGGCGCGGAUAUCAAGGAAAUGAAAGACCUGACCUUUUCGGAUGCGUAUACCACUGAUUUCAUCGAGCUCUGGUCUGCCCAGACAACGGCUAUUAAAAAGCCGAUCAUUAGUGCAGUAAACGGUUAUGCUCUAGGGGGUGGUUGCGAGCUUGCUAUGAUGGCAGAUAUCCUCUACUGCUCAAGCUCAGCGACUUUUGGCCAGCCAGAGAUUAAACUGGGCAUCAUUCCGGGCGCCGGUGGCAGUCAGCGGCUGACAAGGGCUAUUGGCAAGUCACGCGCCAUGGAAAUGAUACUCACUGGUCGGAGCAUAUCCGGCACUCAGGCCGGUGAAUGGGGCUUGGCAGCCCGAGUGUUUGAAAGCUCGGAGAAGUGUCUCGAAGCCGCUCUGGAUACUGCGGCGGAAAUUUCCAGCAAGAGCAAGGUCGCUGUAAAAGCAGCAAAAGAGGUUGUCAAUAAAAGUCAAGAGCUGGGACUACGAGACGGGGUCGAGUACGAACGGCGAGUGUUCCACAGCUUAUUUGGAAGCCAAGAUCAGAAGAUCGGUAUGAAAGCGUUUGUUGAAAAAAAUCAAAACCCGGCAUGGACAGACAAGUGAAAAGUUUGGAAGUUUCACGGCAGAAUAAGGAGUUUAAUUUAAGACCAAUCGUUCGUAUUAUUCAUAGUGGUCAUUGAAGCAAGAAGCUUAAGUUUCAUAAAAAUACAAUCAACGAAUCAAAAAAGAAGUUCCCAGCCCAGUA